AGAACCCUGUUGGGCGCGGGGGUGGCCAACCCUUGCUCACCCACCCCCGAGCCGCCCUUUUGGAAGAUGCCGCAUAAAGAGGAGGACUUGAUGCACGGGGGUGGCGCGGGUAUUGGCGGGGGUUCUAUGGUCGGACAGAACUCAAUAUUUGGGUGCUCGGCUGCAGGACACAGCGGGGUUAACCAGCUCGGCGGCGUUUACGUCAACGGCCGACCGCUACCGGAUUCCACGAGGCAGAAGAUCGUCGAGCUGGCCCACAGCGGCGCUAGACCGUGCGACAUAUCGCGUAUACUGCAAGUCAGCAAUGGAUGCGUCUCCAAGAUUCUCGGCAGGUAUUACGAGACUGGUUCGAUCAAGCCGCGGGCGAUCGGCGGUAGCAAGCCGCGAGUGGCGACGACGCCUGUGGUCAACAAAAUUGCCGACUACAAACGAGAAUGUCCCUCGAUCUUCGCCUGGGAGAUUCGCGAUCGACUUUUGCAGGAGGGCGUUUGCAAUAACGACAAUAUACCCAGCGUGUCGUCUAUUAACAGGGUACUCAGGAACUUGGCUUCGCAGAAGGAGCAACAGGCGGCCGCGGUGCAAGCGCAUCAAGGUGCCGAGAGUGUCUACGACAAGCUGAGAAUGUUUAACGGGCAGGCAGCAGGUUGGCCACCAGCAUGGUAUUCGGCAACACCUCCCCAUCAUCCUCUGGCCACGGGAAUUCCAACCGCGGCGACUCCUGGAUCCGGUCAGACUCUUCUGCCCGGCAGUCAGCUUCACGGCCGUGACGAUUCUUUGCUGAAACGAAGCGACACCGGGUCUCUAUUGUCGCAUCAGCAGGAGACAACUUCGGACGGUAAUUCGGAGCACAACUCCUCUGGCGACGAGGACUCGCAAGUGCGGCUGAGGCUGAAGAGGAAAUUGCAGCGCAACCGAACUUCCUUCUCUAACGAGCAGAUAGACAGCCUCGAGAAAGAAUUCGAGCGGACACAUUACCCGGACGUGUUUGCACGGGAGCGUCUCGCCGAGAAGAUCGGAUUACCUGAGGCACGUAUCCAGGUGUGGUUCAGUAAUCGCAGAGCGAAGUGGCGUCGAGAGGAGAAAUUACGGAACCAGAGGAGAGCCGCCGUCGAUCAGGUGGUCGCCGGUGGCAGCGGCGGGGGUAGCGGCACCGCGCCUCCCGCAGCCACCCCUGCUACGCCACGGUUACCCUUAAACGCUGGAUUCAACGCCAUGUACUCGUCGAUACCGCAACCGAUCGCCACUAUGCCCGACACGUACAGCUCGAUGUCAAGCAGCCUGGGCGGGUCAAUGGGUGGAAGCUGUCUUCAGCAACGCGCUGACGGCUACCCGGCGUACGUGUUUCACGAGCCUCUCCAUUCGCUCACGCAGUCUUACUCUCACGCGCACAGCGCGGCCGCGGCCGCGCACUCGCAACCGCAUCGCGGCAUCCCGACGUCUCACGGUGGCACCCCCGCGACGCCAGGGGGACAACCCGCCGGACCAGGUGGAGCACCUUACCAGCCGACAACCUCGACCGCAACCGGAGUGAUAUCAGCCGGCGUCUCGGUGCCGGUGCAGAUUCCGUCGCAGACCCCGGACCUGGCGGGCAACUAUUGGCCGAGGCUCCAGUGA